CCACCACCGCCACCACCACCACCACCAUUAUUACUAUCUCCACCUCCAUCUUCAGCACCACCACCACCACCACCACCACCACCACCAUUAUCACUAUCUCCACCUCCAUCUUCAGCACCACCACCACCACCACCACCACCACCACCAUUAUCACUAUCUCCACCUCCAUCUUCAGCACCACCACCACCACCACCACCACCAUUAUCACUAUCUCCACCUCCAUCUUCAGCACCACCACCACCACCACCACCACCACCACCAUUAUCACUAUCUCCACCUCCAUCUUCAGCACCACCACCACCACCACCACCCCAUUAUCACUAUCCACCUUCUUCUUCAGCACCACCACCACCACCACCACCACCAUUAUCACUAUCUCCACCUCCAUCUUCAGCACCACCACCACCACCACCACCCCCAUUAUCACUAUCUCCACCUCCAUCUUCAGCACCACCACCACCACCACCACCACCAUUAUCACUAUCUCCACCUCCAUCUUCAGCACCACCACCACCACCACCACCAUUAUCACUAUCUCCACCUCCAUCUUCAGCACCACCACCACCACCACCACCACCACCAUUAUUACUAUCUCCACCUCCAUCUUCAGCACCACCACCACCACCACCACCACCACCACCAUUAUCACUAUCUCCACCUCCAUCUUCAGCACCACCACCACCACCACCACCACCACCAUUAUCACAAACUCCACCUCCAUCAUCAGCACCACCACCACCACCACCACCACCACCACCAUUAUCACUAUCUCCACCUCCAUCUUCAGCACCACCACCACCACCACCACCACCACCAUUAUCACUAUCUCCACCUCCAUCUUCAGCACCACCACCACCACCACCACCAUUAUCACUAUCUCCACCUCCAUCUUCAGCACCACCACCACCACCACCAUUAUCACUAUCUCCACCUCCAUCUUCAGCACCACCACCACCACCACCACCACCACCACCAUUAUCACUAUCUCCACCUCCAUCUUCAGCACCACCACCACCACCACCACCACCACCAUUAUCACUAUCUCCACCUCCAUCUUCAGCACCACCACCACCGCCACCACCACCAUUAUCACUAUCUCCACCUCCAUCUUCAGCACCACCACCACCACCACCACCACCACCAUUAUCACUAUCUCCACCUCCAUCUUCAGCACCACCACCACCACCACCACCACCACCAUUAUCACUAUCUCCACCUCCAUCUUCAGCACCACCACCACCACCACCACCACCAUUAUCACUAUCUCCACCUCCAUCUUCAGCACCACCACCACCACCACCACCACCACCAUUAUCACUAUCUCCACCUCCAUCUUCAGCACCACCACCACCACCACCACCACCACCACCACCACCACCACCACCACCACCACCACCACCACCAUUAUCACUAUCUCCACCUCCAUCUUCAGCACCAGCACCACCACCACCACCACCACCAUUAUCACUAUCUCCACCUCCAUCUUCAGCACCACCACCACCACCACCACCACCAUUAUCACUAUCUCCACCUCCAUCUUCAGCACCACCACCACCACCACCACCACCAUUAUCACUAUCUCCACCUCCAUCUUCAGCACCACCACCACCACCACCACCACCACCAUUAUCACUAUCUCCACCUCCAUCUUCAGCACCACCACCACCACCACCACCACCACCAUUAUCACUAUCUCCACCUCCAUCUUCAGCACCACCACCGCCACCACCACCACCACCACCAUUAUCACUAUCUCCACCUCCAUCUUCAGCUCCACCACCGCCACCACCACCACCACCAUUAUCACUAUCUCCACCUCCAUCUUCAGCUCCACCACCACCACCACCACCCCCACCACCACCAUUAGCACCAUCUCCACCUCCAUCUUCCCCACCACCACCGCCACCACCACCACCACCAUCAUUAUCACAACCUCCACCUUCAGCACCACCACCACCACCACCACCACCACCAUUAUCACUAUCUCCACCUCCAUCUUCAGCACCACCACCACCACCACCACCACCACCUCCACCACCACCACCACCACCACCACCACCACCACCAUUAUCACUAUCUCCACCUCCAUCUUCAGCUCCACCACCACCACCACCACCACCACCACCAUUAUCACAAUCUCCACCUCCAUCUUCAGCACCACCACCUCCACCACCACCACCACCAUUAUCACUAUCCCCACCUCCAUCUUCAGCACCACCACCACCACCACCACCCCCAUUAUCAAUAUCUCCACCUCCAUCAUCACCACCACCACCACCACCACCA